UUUUAAGAUAAUCUAUUAAAAAAAUUUAUAACACUUUUUGUCAUCAUUUUAUCUAAACAUUAAACAACCACUCCUUUUUAAGCUUCAUCAACCACAAACCUUUUGCACCCACCUAAAAAAAUAUUAUAUGGCCAAUCAAACACGCGCCACCACUACCCCCACCGCCAAACACCGUAAACUCUCCGACGACCACCACUCUCUACUACCAGGGCUGCCGGAUCACAUAGCCCAACUUUGUCUCUCUCUCAUCUCUCCCUCCGCCCUAUACUCCGUUUGCCGGUCAUGGCGCCGCCUCAUCUACACCGUCACCUUCCCACCUUUCCGGUCACUUUACACUCUCUCUCUACCCACCAACUCCGCCGUUGACGGCGGUCAAAUGGUCAAACUUUUCUCCUUUGACCCUAUUUCUUCCAAAUGGAUCACCGUCAAAUCUCCGCUGCUACCGCCCUAUCUCCGCCACCUGUCCCUCCGGCAUCCGUCGUUCAUGUCCCGGAAUUUUUCCAUUCAAUCGGUUUCUGUCUCCGGCAACCUUGUUCUCAUCGCCGCCACCGCCGUUCACCAGAGUUUACCGGUUCCGGCCUUUCCACACCCUUUAAUAUUUAACCCAUUAUCCAACACUUGGUCAUCUUGUCCUCCACUCUCCACCCCACGACGGUGGUGCGCCGCCGGAGCUUUGCAAGAUACGGUGGUUGUUGCUAGCGGAAUUGGUUCUCACUACACAGAGACGGUGGCUCGCUCCGUUGAGAAAUGGGUGGUUCGAAAAAGUGAAUCUUUUGAUGAAAAGAUUCAAUCUUUAACACAUUUGAAGCUAGAAAAUGAAUCUUUUGAUGAAAAGAUUCAAUCUUUGAACCAUUUGAAGCUAAAAAGUGAAUCUUUAGAUGAAAACCCAGAUGGGUAUUGUGAAAAGAUUCAGUCUUUGAACCAUUCAAAGCUAAAAACCGAAUCUUUAGAUGAAACCCCAUAUGGGAAUUGUGAAAAGAUUCAAUCUUUGAACAAUUUGAAGCAAAAAAGUGAAUCUUUAGAUGAAAACCCAUAUGGGAAAUGGGAAAAAAUGCAAUCUUUGAAGCAGUCAAAGCUAUGUAGAGAAGCCAUUGACGCAGUAGGAUGGAAAGGGAAGCUUUGUAUGGUAAAUGUGAAAGGUGACUAUGCAAAAGAAGGGUUUGUAUACAAUCUUGAUUCCGACGAGUGGGCGGAGAUGCCGGUGGGGAUGUUGGGUGGUUGGAGGGGACCAACGGCGGCGAUGGAUGAAGAAACCAUGUAUGUGGUGGAUGAGUCAAGAGGGGUGUUGAGAAGGUACAAUGAAGAUGGGGAUAAGUGGUCGGAGGUAGUGGUGGAUGAGAGGUUGAAAGGGGCGGAGUAUAUUGCCGCCGGUGGUGGUAGAGUGUGUGUUGUGGGUGAAAAGGGGGUGGGGAUUGUGGUGGUGGAUGUGGUAGUGGAACCACCGCGGUUGUGGGUGGUGGAAACGCCGCCGGGACAUGAUGUUUUGGGUCUUCAUAUUUUGCCGAGGAUGUGUUCGCCGGAGUUGAAGUCUCCGGUCGCUUUAUUAGAAUCCAAAUAAUAGCUUUUCAGUCCUAUAUAUUAUUUUAUUUUUUUAUUUGCUUAAUAGCUUUUCAGUCCUAUAUAUUAUUUUAUUUUUUAUUUGUUUAUUCAGGGUUAUAUAUGUGUGUACGUUUAUUUUAUAGAAUAUCCAAAUUGAAUCA